AUGGACACGCAAAUUAUCUACCGCUUCAAUGGAAUCCCGACUUCAAAUACGGACCGUUUUUCUGGCUACGAGACGAUCCCCUCCGACGCUACAGAGAAGUACACCAUCCAUUCUCCUGACCUAUCUGCUGGAAUCGCAGCCUUCCACGGUGAACUUAUCCCUAGCCUCCAAGCUGAAGUCCCUGAAAUAACCCGCUCUUCAUGGUGCAGCCUUGUUAAGCUCGAGAGGACGAAAAUGGAACCAGCGUCUCGUUUCUUGCACGAGAGCGAAAGUCAUGUCAAUCGACUCUACCAAGGUGACCACACACUGCGUGCGACGGCGGAUGAUCGUUACUCGUGGGAUAAACUGUUCUUUUCGAUCUUGGCUAGGGGUGAAGUCGAGUUGCGGGACGACGUGGACGUCGAUACUGAACUAGGGAUAUUUGUCUGGGCCUACAUGCAUUAUAUGAUAUACUAUUUUAGCCUUCCCUGGCUCAAACUUCAGAGAGAACUGCGUCAUCCUGAAAGACCGGUAUCACUUGAAACUUUAAGGGCGGAUGCUCUCAUCGUACCAUCGAGAUUCAACCGCAACGGUAAUUCGAACAACCAACCUCCCAACACCAAAUUUUCCGGCAAUGACCCCAGUGGUUUGAUGCGUAGCAGCGACAAAGGCACUGGGACGUCCUCUUUUCUCCUUCGUCGAAGAAAAAACCGCGCAAUAGAAUAUGAUAACGCUGAUCUACCUUAA